UUCUAGCCUACUACUGUCUAAACUCAAUGGUUCUCUGCGCCGCGCCGGCCGCUCUAGCCGCCUCCGGCUCUCGCGCUCUGGUUUCCGGCUUCGCUCUGGCUGAAGGCUCUGGCUCCCGGACGCGCUCCGCACGCGGAGAGGAGAGUGGCCUCCGCGACCCUGCGCUCCAGACCCGCAUGUUCGAGGAGCCUGAGUGGGCCGAGGCGGCCCCAGCAGCCUUGGGCCUAGGGGCUGUGACCUCACAGCCUUGGCCCGCAGCAGCCUCUCAAAGCAAGGGCUCCAAGCAUCGCCAGCUCCUAGCUACAUUACGGGCCCUAGAGGCAGCAUCUCUUUCCCAGCAACCCCCUAGCCUACCUAGCAGUGACUCUGAGGAGGAGGAGGUAGAAAGAAUAAAGAAACGCCCCAAAAACCCAUCAUUUGCCAGUGCCUCUGCUGAAGUAGGGGAGAAAAGGAAGAAGAAAUGUCAAAAACAGAGCCUGAGUGCCUCUGAGGAAAGGGAAGUGGAAAGGAAGAAGUGUCAUAAACGGGCUCUUCUUGGCAAUGACUCUGCUGAAGAAGAGAACAAAAAGAGGAAACACCAGAAACAUGCCCUUUCAAACCCAGCCCAGCACCUGGACAGUGUUGACCAUUCAGGUCCCAAAGCCUGGAAGAGUAGUGCUACAAAGGACCCACCCAAGCCAAACCUUGAGUCCAUUUCCCCUAAACCCCCCCAUACCCUGAGCCGCAAGCAGUGGCGGAACCGACAGAAGAACAAGCGGAGACACAAUAACAAGUUUCGGCCACCUCAGGUGGCAGACCAGACUGCAGCCCAGGCCCCCGCAGAGGAGACAGAUGUGCCUCCUUCCCACAGGGCAGACAGCCAUGAGGCUCGUGCUGGGGCUCUGCGAACCCGCAUGGCACAGCGGCUGGAUGGGGCCCGAUUUCGCUACCUCAAUGAACAGCUGUACUCAGGGCCCAGCAGUGCUGCACAACGUCUCUUCCAGGAAGACCCUGAGGCUUUUCUUCUUUACCACCGCGGUUUCCAGAGCCAAGUGAAGAAGUGGCCACUGCAGCCGGUGGACCGCAUUGCCAAGGAUCUUCGCCAGCGGCCUACGUCGCUAGUGGUGGCUGACUUUGGCUGUGGGGAUUGCCGCCUGGCUUCAAGUAUCCGGAAUCCUGUACACUGCUUUGACUUGGCCUCUUUGGACCCCAGGGUCACUGUGUGUGACAUGGCCCAGGUGCCUCUGGAGGAUGAGUCUGUGGAUGUGGCUGUGUUUUGCCUUUCAUUGAUGGGAACCAACAUCAGAGACUUUCUAGAGGAGGCAAAUCGAGUGCUGAAGCCAGGGGGUCUCUUGAAAGUGGCCGAGGUCAGCAGCCGCUUUGAGGAUGUUCGGGUUUUUCUAGGGGCAGUGUCCAAGCUGGGCUUCAAGGUCAUCUCCAAGGACCUGACAAACAGCCACUUCUUCUUGUUUGAUUUUCAAAAAACUGGGCCCCCUCGGGUAGGGCCCAAUGCUCAACUCUCAGGCCUGAAGCUUCAGCCAUGUCUCUACAAGCGCAGGUGACCUCUGGAUCUCCCUUGAAAGGGAAGACAGAACUUGAACUUCAGGGUCAGAAGUCUAAAGACCAUGAGCCACAACCUGGUACUACCCUUUCUCCACCCCAAGAACAACGUGUGGUAAAACCCCUGGCUCAGCCCUGCUUUACUGAAGGCUUCUUGGUUACAGGAAGCAUAAAGUCACUUGGGUGAGGUAAAGAAUAAGGAGUUUAUUGUGAGAACGUGGGGAUAUCUAGGAAUCACCUUAGGUGUCAUGAAAACUAGAUGGUUUGUAAUUUAAAGCACCUCUGGGUUUGGCUUCUCUUUCCAUCUCAAAAGCCACAUGGCCUUUCUGUCCUGGCAUCUCUGCUCUCUUCUGAUCUGCCUGCAGAACAGCUUCCUCUGCUCACCCGUAGCUUCUGCUCCUGCAGCUUCAGUCUGCCCAGGCCUUCAAGGCUGCACAAAGGUAGCUGUUGCUUCUUGGCUCUGGGGCAACUGGUAGUCCAUCAACAUCCUGACUCAGCACGUCAAUGUGAGCUACCAGGUCAAGACUUGGGAUGUCCCUGUACUAAGCAUUUCUAGUGGUUCAUCUUUCCCCUCUGUCCUCAUCUCCAUCUUUAGAGUCAUGUACACCAAACCACUCCCACCACCUAUUGUCUUGUGGGACCUUGGGGUAUAUGUGGCUAAUAGCAUAGAUCUUGGAAUCAUGUAGAGCUGGAUUCAAAUCCUGGCCUACCACUUCGAGCUGGGAGUCAUUUAAUCUCUGAAUAUCACAUUCCUUUUUUGGAAAAUGGCAGAGUUCCUGUCUUACAGGGCUGGUGUGUGGGUUAACUGAGGAAAUCCAUAGCCAGGGCUGGGAACAUGGGAGAUGUUCAAUAAACUUGCUGUGGCUUUCUUGUGUCAUUAGCCUUACUGUUCUUUGAAGACCUUUCCUAGGCUCGUUGGAAGUUGAAUGGUAAAGAAUAGAUUUGUUGACUAAGAUGGGGAGACCUCAGGACAGGCCUUUCAACAGGCUUAUUUCUUAGGAUAUUUUAGAGACUCUUAGUCUCUGAAAUUCUGAACUGUCCUUGGAAGGGGUAGUGAGGGAGCUGGGUCUCUGUUCAUAAACAACUGAUUAAUGCCAUGUGGGAGUGGGAGGUUGGGCUGUUCAUUGGCAGGAGGGUCUGUCCGUUGUUUCUGCCUGUUUUCUUUCUUAUGCUCAGCAGGACAGCUGGGGUCUCCCUUCCUUCCUCCCAUACUUAAAAUUUGGAUUCUCCCUUUGCCUGUUCUGGCUCAGGCCACCUGAGUAAACAUCUCUCUGAAUCUGAUGCAGGCCCCAGGCCUUCCUAGCAGCCCCUGUAAGUCACCCUGAUUCUGAAAGCAGAACUCUCCUGAGCUUUAUCUGGGUCCUUCCUGCUCCAUCAUUGGCUUCAGGACAAGCUCUUGUUCGAGUCCAUGCCUGGACUUCAAUGUCUAACGUUAAGAGCCUAGGCAGAAGAGAGAAAAAAAGUAUAUUUCCUUAAGAAAUAACAGCAUGCCCUCUGUUUAAGGAACAAUGAGACCAGUGUGGCUAGAACAGAUUGAGGCAGAGGCAAGAGUAGUAGGAGGUAAGUGGGAGUGGGAAGGGGUUGUUCCCACACUGAAAGGCAGGGGCUUUCAAACUUCAGAUGCCUUAGAAUCACCUGGAAGACUCUUUACAAUGUAAAUUUCUAAGCCCUCUCCCAGAGUUCCUGAUUUGGUAGAUCAGGGUAGAGCCCCAGAAUUUCUUUUCUGGUUGCUUUUUCUUAGUGAAGCAGGAAGCAAAUUUAUCAGUUGAGAGUGAGAAUGGGGAAGAGCUCGGGGUUUUGAGGAGAGGAGAAUGUGAAUAUUGUUUCUAGGAGAAGGAAUGCAUGAAAUAACGAAAUAUAGUAUGAUUGCUGACAGCAUUCAUAGCACACAUAAGGUUCAGGGUCAUAAAGUAAAGAGGAUGGUUGAGAUGGGAGGAGACUGGUACAAGAUUGCCUAGCAGAGAGCUUGUUAUUCUGAGACAGCUGGGCUGUCAGAACCCAACCCCCUCCUUUGGGGGAGAGGGCAGGUUUGUGCCCUCUCACCUCAAAUCUAGUUGGGGAUUCCACUGGGAUCAUUUGGAAAACUGGAGGUGUUUAUUCCUACAGCUAAGGAAUGCUGAGCCUGGAGUCUUGACUCCUGCCCUGGGAAUGUAGAGGGCAAGCAGAGUCUCACUAACUGGUUCAACAGUGGAGCCAGGGGAGUGCUGCUACUUUUGCAAUGGCCUGCAUUUCUAGAAUUUGUCCUGGCAAAUGAUGCAUGAGUGUAUCCUCUGCACACCUUGCAGGAGAGGGGGGAGUGUGGGAUGGUCUUGGGUCCUGUCCAGUAGGACCAUUGAAGAGGCAAGGAGACCUGAGCACAAUGAAGCUAGGAAGGCUGAGGAGGGAGCUGCAUCCACCAGGGUCAAGGGAACUGCAGAGAGGGGACAACAGAGAUUCCCCCUUUAAAUACCUGCCAGGCCCGUAGGGCAUGGAACUGCCAAGUCAAGCCAGACUGUUUUAUCCUCCUACAUUUCUUCUCAGAGCCCAUAGCAGCAAUUAGGUGGUAAGAAGAGCAAAGAGCAUACAGAUCACUCCUCUCUUCUCUAGUGUAGGCUGCUUGACUUAGAUGGGGUGGAGCUGGGAGGAGAAAAUGUUUAAAGCUACAACAGGUGCAGAUUAUUUAUUGUUACACAAGAUUAGAUAUUCUAAUUAGUUAAUUAAGAUUAUGUUUAUGCUUUAAACUGAUCAUAGGACUAUCAUUAAUUAAGAAUGUCACAGGCUUGCUGCAGCUUUUCUCCAGCAGGGAAGAAAUACACCUCAAUGAAGUUUGAGGAGUGGUAAGAGAGAAAAAUAAAGAGUUGGGUUUGGAUGUCAAUCUAUGCCUUGAGCUCGUUCAGCAUCCCUUUUAGAGGUCUCCAAGUAAACACUUAAUUGCUUCUGCAGUUAUUGGUGUGCUCCAACUUCUCUUCCCGUAAUACAGUCCUAAGGGAACACAGUUCCAAAAGAAACGACAUGAUCUUGGCAGAGACACAGCUCAGCUCCAAACACUGAGCCAUUUACGUAAUUGCACAAAACUCUCUACAGCUUUUCACAGACAGAGACCAGUAGUUAGAACCUUUCAUCCCUGGGUCGUCCUCUUUCCCAGGUGACUUUUCUGACCAGCCACCUGUUUCUGGGAUAUUCGACUCCUGCAGUAACUGCUUUGUUGGUUUCAUUGCUUUUACUCCUGUCCCCAAAGCAAUUAAUUUUCCACACAGCCAAGUGAUCUUUUUAAAAUGUAAAUCAGAUUAUAUCACUUCUCUGCCUAAAAUCCUUCAAUGGAUUCUCAUUGCCCCAAGAACAAAAGACAGACUCCUUCCCAGGCCCUACGUGAUCUUGCCCAGGCCUCCACCUCCAGUUGCAUCUUAACCCACUCCUGUCCUCUCACAAAACUCCAGCAACGCAGGCUUUUUAUUCCUUAGGGAUUUCAAGCCAUUUCUACUUUUACACAUGCUGCUCUGUCUUCCUAGAAUACUCUUCCCCAGUGAGCUCAUUUUCAUCUUCCAGAUCUUUACAGCAGCAUCACCUUUUCUUCUAUGGAAGAAAAUGGCCAUUUGCUCACCAAAAUGUUCUCCACAUUUGGAAACUACAUUUCCCAGCUCCAUGCAUCUAGGUAGGGCUGUGUUAAUAGUUCUCACCAAUGGAAAGUGAGCAGAAGUGAUAUUUUAGUACCUGACCAAGACCAGUUAAAGGGUAGUUGAGCCUUUUCCAUGUUCUCCCACUCCCUCCUCUACCUGCUAAGGUGACCUUGAAGCACAUGGUUUGAAGGUAAUAGUCAUAGCAUGGAAGAAGUCUGGAUACCUAAAUCACUACUUGGAGAAUAGCUUUGUGACCAGGAACAUCCACAUUGGCCUUUGAACAAGAAAUACACUUCUGUUGUGUUCAGUGUAGUGCAUUUGGGGGUGUUGCAGUGGUUGUCACUUUAUACCCUGGAUAUAUCUUCUAUGGACAUCCUAUCCACCUUACUCUUGACCUCAGAACCCUCUUUGCUUCCUUCAGGGUGCUUCAAACAUUUGAUGAUCUAUCCAGGUGCCAGUCAGCAUUUUCUACUUGUCCCAUGAAUUUAAAAUUGGAAAAAUACAUCAUUUUGAUUGUGAGCUCUCCAAAAAAAAUCCUACUAAAGAAUGCUUUAAACAGAUUAGAUAUUUUUUUUUCUCAUGUAACAAGAAGCCUGAAGGUAGGUGACUUGGCAUUGGUUCAGAAGCUCAAGGAGGUUAGGAGGAGGUCUCUGUGAUUCACUUGGUCUCUUGAUUCUCAUGGUCAUAAGAUGGUAUGUUCUUAACUAAGCAGAGAUACCCUACUUACUAGUAGACUUCUUGGGAGUCUCCCUGAUUGCCACAGCUCCUAUCUUUUUGGCUUCUCUUCAAGGGUCCUUCUACAUUGUUAGUAUGUUCAUAUAUAAAUGUGUUCCAUUAUUCCCUAUAACUUAACUGAGAUCAAUCUAAAAUAUGAACAUUUUAAACGUUUUUCUUCCCCCUGCCUUUCCACAUCUCAGGGACCUUUCAGCAACUCAUCCAAUCCAAAGCUGCUCUUUUGCCAGUUCAGUGGGGUGGGGGAACAUGAACUGUUUCUUUGACUCAUUCUUUACUUCCUCUGUCUCUUCUAGGAUUGGAAUGGGGGAGGGUGUGUUAGAGGGAGAAAGACUAAACUUACGUGGUUAAUGUAUAUAUCAUUGGUGUGUUAUAUCAAGACAUUGUUUAAAUGUUGACUCUUGUGUGAGGCGUUGGGGUUCUCUGGAGCAGGAGCUUGUGCACUGACUUUGGUUGUCUCCUUGUGAUACACAUCCCACGCUGCCCUCAGCUCCUGAGCUCCUGACCCUGAUAGUGCCUCCUAGUGCUGAAGUGCUCCAUCCUAGCAGAUAGCCCUCCUAGGAGAGGUCCCAGCAAAUCCUCAAGACUGGUUACCUUUUAAGGAACCCACAGGAAACUCAUACAUGUCUGUCAUGCCAAAUGUGGAAGUACAGCCCAGCCAGCAGCUGGCUUUUCUCUCCCUGCCCUGCACCAGCCAGCCUGUUUCUGACUUCUCCAUGUGAGAAUUAAGCACCAGUCUGUACUCAUAUGGCUCCAAAUCCUCAUAAGUGAUUCAAGUUAUGUUCUCCCAAGAAUCCUCCACCCCAGACUUCACCCCAGUGGCCAGGUGGAGAUGGGUCUGUAAGUUUCUGAGCUUAGAAAGCCUCUUGCUAGAUGAUGUAAUGCUGAAUGAAUGUAAUGUCUCCCUCCUGUGGGAAUAUAAAAUGUCUACAAAUGG